UUUCAGGCUAUCGACAUCUUCUCUUUGGAUCCGCCGCCGGAGAGCGAGACAUCACUGGAAGCGGACUUCGUGAUGGCACAGGCUGAGAAUGCGUGUCGGCUGAAGCUUCUUCGAGCGGACGUUCCAGUUGACUUACUUCCGGCCGGAUGUUCAGCAACUGAUUUGCAGCCGGCUGUUAAUGUGAAGGAGAAGAUUGAAGUGAAUGGUGAAUCCCGACUAGUCCAAAAGAAGAAGACCCUUUACCCGGAAUGGGAAAAAUGUUGGGAUACCGCAGUUGCCGAGGGCCGAAUUCUACAAAUUGUGCUCAUGUUUAAUCAGACACCUGUGGUCGAAGCAACUAUGCGAUUAGAGGAUAUAAUCUCAAAAUGCAAAAGCGACGCGAUCACUCACAUUUGGAUCAAUACUAAACCAAACGGACGGAUUCUUGCGCAGACAAGACAUUUGAAGAAUGCACCGGAUGACGAUCACCCUGUAGAGGACAUAAUGACAUCCAGAAGCAACUCCGGUCCCGGAAUUCAACGUCGUAGAGGAGCGAUAAAACAUGCGCGAGUACACGAGAUUCGCGGCCAUCAGUUCGUCGCCACCUUCUUCCGACAACCCCAUUUCUGUUCGUUGUGCUCCGAUUUCAUGUGGGGGCUCAACAAACAGGGAUAUCAGUGUCAGUUGUGCUCGGCCGCCGUGCACAAAAAAUGCCACGAGAAAGUGAUUAUGCAGUGCCCGGGAAGUGCAAAGAAUACAAAGGAGACUAUGGCUCUCAAAGAACGAUUUAAAGUGGACAUACCGCAUCGAUUCAAGACGUAUAACUUCAAAAGUCCCACGUUUUGUGAUCACUGUGGUUCAAUGCUUUACGGACUUUUUAAACAAGGACUACGGUGUGAAGUAUGCAACGUGGCGUGUCAUCACAAAUGCGAGCGGCUCAUGUCAAACCUGUGUGGUGUAAAUCAAAAGCAACUCAGCGAGAUGUACCAUGAAAUUAAACGUGGCACCCACGCCACAGCAAGCUGUCCGCCCAACAUUGCCAACCUUCAUUUGAACGGAGAGACGAGUAAGAACAAUGGAAGUCUGCCGAACAAGUUGAAGAAUCUAUUCAAGUCACACCAGUAUAGUGUAGAAGAACAAAAGGAGACCGACGAGUAUAUGGAUAAUAUUUGGGGCGGUGGAGAUGGCCCUGUCAAAAAAUUCGCCCUACCUCAUUUCAAUUUGCUCAAAGUGCUUGGAAAAGGAUCGUUUGGAAAGGUUAUGCUGGUGGAAUUGAAAGGAAAAAAUGAGUUUUAUGCAAUGAAAUGUCUGAAAAAGGACGUGAUAUUGGAGGAUGAUGAUACGGAAUGUACUUAUAUUGAACGACGAGUGCUCAUUUUGGCGAGCCAGUGCCCGUUCUUGUGUCAAUUGUUUUGCUCGUUCCAGACUAAUGAAUACCUCUUCUUCGUAAUGGAAUACUUAAAUGGUGGUGAUCUGAUGCACCAUAUUCAACAAAUCAAAAAAUUUGAUGAAGCCCGGACACGCUUUUAUGCAUGUGAAAUUGUGGUGGCUCUGCAGUUUUUGCACACUAAUAAUAUUAUCUAUCGUGAUCUCAAGCUUGAUAAUGUGCUGUUAGACUGUGAUGGUCACAUAAAGCUUGCCGAUUUUGGUAUGGCAAAAACCGAGAUGAAUCGAGAAAACGGAAUGGCUAGCACAUUCUGUGGAACACCGGAUUAUAUCAGUCCUGAAAUUAUCAAGGGUCAACUUUACAAUGAAGCUGUCGAUUUUUGGUCAUUUGGAGUUUUGAUGUAUGAAAUGCUCGUCGGACAAUCACCGUUCCAUGGAGAAGGAGAAGAUGAAUUAUUUGAUUCAAUUCUUAAUGAGAGGCCAUAUUUCCCGAAAACUAUAUCGAAGGAAGCAGCGAAAUGUCUAUCAGCCUUAUUCGAUAGAAAUCCGAAUACCCGGCUAGGAAUGCCUGAAUGCCCUGAUGGUCCAAUCAGGCAACAUUGCUUCUUCCGAGGUGUCGACUGGAAACGGUUUGAAAAUCGACAGGUUCCGCCACCGUUUAAGCCGAACAUUAAAUCCAACUCGGACGCCUCGAACUUCGACGACGACUUCACGAACGAGAAGGCGGCGUUGACACCUGUGCACGACAAGAACCUACUGGCUUCAAUCGAUCCUGAAGCAUUCCUUAACUUCUCUUAUACGAAUCCUCACUUCUCAAAAUAGUUGAAAUCUCAUUUAGCAGCGUUUUUCAUUCGUUUUUUUUGAGUCACCACGAUUUUUUGAGAAAAAAAUCCGUGGAUAUAUCCCUGGUAAAAUCCUAGGUAGUUGACGUUCACGGAAUUCUUGAAAUCCAUGAAGACUCUUCGCUCAAAAUCUACUGAAAAUUUGAAUUUCUGGAAUUUUUGUUUUGGAAAACUGGUAUUUCGUCAGAAAACAACCCACACUGUGAAGACUUUGUAAUUUUUUUAAAUUUUUCUGCAUAAUAUUCCCCGCCCCCGCAAAUUUGAUGCCACGUGUAUAAAAAUUCACUGAUCAGUAAAGACUGCUUCUCCAUAUAGAUUUUUUUUGAUAAUUAAAUUUUAAAUAACCCCGCCCCCUCCCUGGCCACGCCCAUUAAUUUGUAUUUCAUAUCACUUGACAUCUCUCCCCGAUUUUUGUCUAAUUUUCAACUUUUUUUUUACAAUAUUGAAUUUCCCACGCUUUUUUGUCUUACUUCCAUAUUUUCUUUGUCAGAGCAUUAUUAUAUGUUCUCCAAUUAUACACAUCGACCAGAGGUUUAGCAAUUUCGAGAAAAAAUUAAAAAUAAUAAAUGAAUUAAUUUUUAAACAUUUAAUUCCUCGCACAGUCACUUUCAAUAAAAAAUCUAGUGCACUUGCACUAGAUAAUAAUCC